GACGCGUAGCGCUGGUGAACGCGACGCGGCGGAUGCUUUCUUCUUUUUCCAAAAAAAAGUCUCAAACACUUUUGGAGAACCCACUCGCGAGAACCGGGGAAGAACCCGCGGCGGUCCUCUCUUUCUCUCGCGAAGGGGUUGCGCCUCCGCCUUCGUGUGGUUCUCCUCCGCGGGAUGGCACACGCAAGAGAGCGCGAUGUGUGUGGAACUCGGGUAGACCUGACCUAGCCCAACGCGACUCGGCUUGGCUCUCCUCUCGUCCUCCUCCCCCUGCGUCGGUAUUGGUCGGCGGAUAUACGUCGGUCUCCCUUCCGCUUCCGUCAGUCCCUUUCUCUCUCCCUCUUCCUCCGUCUCUCCCUCUCCCGCGCCGUCGUUCUCUUUCUCUCUUUCUGACGCACGCGGACGCGGUGGUGCGCCCGCAAAGCUGCCAGACCAGAGCAGAGGUGGUGCAUUUCUCUGCGCUGCGCUUUCGAUCGACCCGUUGCCAGAGAGGUUCCCCUCCCCCCUCUCUUUCUCUCUCUCUCUCUCUCUCUCUCUCUCUCUCUCUCUCUCUCUCUCUCUCUCUCUCUCUCCCUCUCUCUUUCUCUCCGUUUCCCAUUUCUCUCUCUCUCUCUCUCUCUCUCUGCCCUCCCCCCGCUCCCUGCCUCGGUCCUCUCGCCACCCCGAAUCCUCCCGUUCUUCCCUCAGUGCGUCUCGCUUCACCGUACGCCACUUUCCAACCCCCGUCUACCGCCCCAAUCCACCCCCCCGCUCAUUGCUCUUCGUUCGUCCCUACCACCGUUCUCCUCGUUCCCCUCCCCUUCCCUUUUUCUUUCGUGCAUUUUCCUCUUGCGUCUUCGUCUCACCGUUCAUCACUACACCCUUGUCGUCUCCCUUUCUCGCGCUCUCUCUCCCCGGUCGCCCGUUACCCCUUUCAACCCACCGCCCGCUUCGACGCGCGUGCAACCAACCCCCUUGGCGCACUACCCCUAUUCCAUGCGUCGCUUUCUCCCUUUCUCUCGUCGUCAUCGCGGCGCUUGUUUGUUCAUCUCUCGUCGUUGUCGAUGACAGCAGAAGACAUGCGUCAGUUGGUUCCAAAGUUUAAUUCUUCUAGAUAACUUUUUGCGAUUAUCAGAAGUAGGAAGAGAAGUCUGAGCGAGAGCUCCGUUAACAGUUGGAUGAAAAGUGUCCUUGGAAAUUUUAGCGAGAUUCGAAAAUAUAUCGGAUUUUGCCCUCAGUCCUUACUCUACCGAUUGCGCAAAAACGGAAGAGGAUUCAUUGUUUUGCCGCAUUUUGCUCUCGACGCAGGAGAAGCUGUUAAGAAUACGGAAGUUAAGGCUGGAGAUUCGAGAGAUUCCAGACUUUUAUUAACAUUUAAACUUUGAGAAAUUUUCUUCGCGCUCAUUACCGACUCGCUUCGUUUCAUUCUUCAUUCUAUCUUCUCCUCGGUUCAUCUCUCUUGUUCCGUGGGAGCUGCCGUUCUCUUUUCUCUCUUCUCUUGUCUCUUAUCUUUCCUCUUACUCUGUCUUUUCUCUCCCUCUCUCCCCCUUCUUCCAUCUUCCCUAGUGUCUCUCCUUGCCUCUUUUCCUCUGUCUCUCACUUUAUCUUUCCUUUUCCUAGUCUCUUCCAUGCGUCUUAUUCUGUCUCUCCUUCUUUCCCUUUCCCCGUCUCUUACUUCUUUUUACUUGUCUCCUACUCCGCGUCUUGUUUCUCUUUCUCUCACUUUUGUAUAUAUAUCCUGCCUUAUUCUUCAUUCCAUCCUUUUCCCUGUCUGUUAAUUCAUCCUUUCUCUUCUCUUUUUCUCGACCUCUCACUUCGUCUUCCUAUCCUUCUCUUUCUCUCAGUAUCCCCUCCAUACCGAGCGUUUUCCUCUGCCCUCUUUGGCGUCUACCUCGCGAGCGUAUACGCGUGUAGGUCUCUUCUUCCGUCUCCCUCCUUAUGAACGCCGGACGAGCAUGCCUCUUCCAUGUUCUCUGGUUACUGACCUCCGAAAAUACAAGUCGAUGAUCGCCAUCAUAUUCCCUAAUGGAUAAAUUUUACUUAGAAAUUUUUUCCUACCAAGAUACCGUAUUGUGACAAUCCUUCCUCCCGUGCGGCCGUGUACGCCUUUUCUAUUUCUUCUGGUUACUGACCUCCGAAAAUACAAGUUGUCUGAUGGUUAGCAUUAUAUUUGCAUCGAUUUUGCUUACGAAAUACCGCUUCUUCGAAUAUCCGUAUGUGCCAUCAAUCCUCAGAUAUUUUAACUUUGCUAAGGGGCAACGAUGGGAAAUCUGAUACUCGCUCACGAGAUCGCGGCAGAGAUAACCGAUAAUGACCGCAAUCGAUGUAUAUUGCAGCUUUGUUUUUAAUAAUUUUCCACCUCGCGUGAGAGAUGUGUUUCUUCCUUGCUCUCGUCUUGAUUUCGUCUGCGUUUUCGAUGACUUUUACCACCAAAUAAAUUAAUUGUGUUAUAAUACGUGUUGUUAUCGAUGUUUAGUAUGAGAAAAAUCAAAUAAUUGCUUGUUUAAUUUUAGUAACUUCUGAAAAUGAUUUGUAUAUGAAUUAUAUUUUUUAUUUUAUUACAGAUAAAUGCAGUGAAAAUUGUGUGAGAUAUUAUCUCGAAAACAACAUAAAUUGAAUUGAUAUGAAAUAAAUUAAAAUAUCUGUUACUAUAUAAAAUAAUAAUAUUUUUGAAGCUUAUUUGACUUUAAUUUUAACACAGAUUAAUUCUUUCAAUUAUUUUGAGUAGUGUAUUGCCAGUCUUAGAUACAAAGUAAUCUGUACACCUAUCUUGCUUUACAUAUAUACUAAAAAAAUUUAGUACUGUUAGCAAGAAUAGUUUAACUGAGGCAUUUUCUAAAUAAUAACUCAAUAUUUUAUUUUAUAUAAAUAUAUAAAAAGAAUGUUUUGCAAAAUACAAGUAGAUAAAGAAUAUUUUAUUAAUUAAAUAGUUUUGUUCAGUACAUUUUAAUCAAAUUAUUUGUUUGUUACAACAAAACAUUUUUCCUAAUAUAGAUAUUGUUUGAAUUAUCAUUAAAUUGAUUUGAAUUAUCAUUAAGUGCUAUGUGAAUUUGAGAACGUUCUUUUUUAAUCUUUUUCUAUAUAUAUAGCUCAAAUUAGAGUUCUACUCAGAUUUGUUUAGAUAAUUUACGUCGAAAAAAUUGUAAUAAAUUAUAAUCAUUUUUCUACUUUUAUCGUACCAGUAAUCGGCAAAUUUCUUGGCGAAUAGAUUUUAUUUAUCAAAACUUACGAGAUAUCUCGAACGAUCCGUUACUAUAAUAUUGCUGCAACCUUGUACUUUGCAAAUUCCACGCCUCUAUAAUAUCUUUGUAAUAUUAUACCGCAAACUAUAAGAGUUCAAUGUUGCCGCAAUGUAGCCAAGAGGUACUACAUUGUACAGAUCCGAUCGUCAUGAUCACGAUAAAGCCGCUUGCCAAUCCAAGAGCGUUGAUUUUGUGCCGUUCAUAUUUUUUGCAUUAAUACAAAAACGUCAGCCCUGCCAAUGUACAAACGACUAUAGAGAUACGGCUAUGGCUUCAUUGGCAUCUGGCGAGUCUCGCGCUCUCGGAGAGUCUCCUAUCUGGCAUUGAAGUCUCCAGAGUCGACGCCUACGUAAUAUCUCGCACGCCGGUCAACGAAACCAACUUUAUCCGAUUUAUAAAUCUAUGCGAUUGUCCCGAGUUGCGUAACGCGUACGAAGCAGUGAGAUCAUUGGACUACAACGAUACACAGAUUGUUUUUAUUCGAGAAGCGGCGUGUAUCUAGUCUUAUAACAUAAUGAAUUUAUAAUUAUAUACUAAUAUGUAGAGAGAGAGAGAGUUAUGGAUCUAGCGAGAUUCUCGGCACUGGAUUCGUGUAUCUGAAUAACGGCGAGUUGGAGACCUUUAAUAAAAAUAAUCACAUUUAUUAAUUAAAAGAGAUACCGAAAUAAAUAAAAUGAAUAAAUUAGCAAUGAAUUAUGAAACUGUGAAACUUAACUGUUUUAUGUUAAAUCAUUUAAGUAUUCGAAAUCGAUAACUGAAUAAAUUAAUUCCAUUUGUUUAUUGGACUUGCAGGUUUGAUGUAUGUAAGAAAAAAUUUGGAAAGAAUUUAUUAAUUCUACCGUGACAUCACGGCAGAUAGGCAAGAAUAUUUUUUAACGCAAGUGCUGUGUGUUGCACCUGAAGAGAUGUAACAUGAUGAUUUAAGGCAAUCCGUGGCCGCCGACAUUUCGCAUCAAUCACCAUCCGGCGGCACUUCGGGUGGCAAGAAUAAGAUGGGUAGAAGGAUGUGAUCAGAAUAAGAAAUCGCACGUGUGUGAUAACGGAAUAUCAUUGAACGAUUCGCGGAUGGAAUGUCGUUGCUUUUCAGACGUAAUUUCUCAACAUUAUCUCGUCUCCGAUUUACUUUUUUACGGUCGAUAAUUAAACACUAAUGAAUUACAAUUUCAUCAGAGGGUAAUCUCGACUUGCUUACUCGAGGAAUGAGAUUGCGCGGUUAAAGCAUCUUCUUGUUACGUGGGUAUCAUCAUGAAUGAAUGGAAUCGGAGGGUGAAUUGAAUUAAAAUCAAAGCCUUGCGUUCCGUAAAAAGUAAGAAGAUGGAUAUCUGAUAAUUAGAGCCCUGAGAAUGCUGGUGCAUCCUCAUUGGAAUGAAAGUCACGGGCUGCUAAGAACUGGUUUUCUAAAAAAGUCUUUCAAUUAGGAAAAAAAAAAAAA